UAUACACCUUAGAGGCCUCAAUAAAAAUUCUUGCCAAGGGUCCACUGGAAUAUUUCACAACAGGAUGGGAUGUGUUUGAUUUCCUGGUAACAGUGACCAGUGUUAUAGGUUUACUGGGAGAGUAUUUUAAUGAUUCUUUUUUCUACAUCACUGUCCUCAGGCCAUUCAGACUUCUCAGGUUGUUUAAGAUGAAGAGGAGUUACAGGGAUGUUCUAGGAACUCUGUUUAUUCUAUUCUCUAGGCUAAUCAGUCUAGUGGUUGUCAUUAUGCUAGUCUACUAUUUCUUUGCCAUUAUUGCCAUGGAGUGCUUCCUGUAUGUUGAUCUCAAAAACUGCUGCAAGUAAGUUAUCACUCAAGUAAGUUAUCACUCAAGUAAGUUAUCACUCAGGUAAGUGAU